CCGGGCCUCUUUGAGGUCAGUAUCAAUUGUUACGGGGCAUUGACUCUCUGAGAAUCGGAAUUCCUGGAAAAACAUGAAUUCCAGGGAAAUAGAAAUGGCGGUUGACUGGACCCAACUCCCUCGAGACAUCCUGGAAACAAUAUCCAAGAAUCUCACAAUUUACACCGACUACCUCCGAUUCCAAGCCGUAUGUCAUACGUGGCGAAUCUCUGUCCCAAAGAUCCCUCACCACCUCCCUCCUCAACUCCCAUGGCUAAUGCUCCCACUCUCUCAACAAUCCCAAUCUCAAUCCCACCGACCUUUCCUCGACCUCUCCGACCACAAAAUCCACCUCCUCAACCUCCCCGAAGCUGCUUCCCACCUUAAACGCCGAUGUGGUUCUUCACACGGCUGGCUCUUAAUCCUCGACGAAACCCCCACAAUCCUUCUCCUUAACCCUCUCACUCGAGCCAAGCUCAAUUUGCCUCCUCUCUUCACUUUCCCCAACGUUGUCACCUUCAACUACUCCGAAAUCGGCAAGGAAUACGCCCUCCGAUCCUCGUCUGGAAACAUCUACCGCCGUAGUUUGAAAGAAAUGCGCGACUCUUUCAUCAAAAAACUCGUCCUCUCCUCGAGUCCCGCUCUAAGUACCAACUUCGUUGCGCUGGCGAUUCUCAAUCAAACCGGCGAUUUAGUUUUCUGUAAGAAUGGUGAUCAAGCUUGGACUUUCAUACACGACGCAAGGUUUUUCUGCGAGGAUGUGAUAUACGAUAACGACCUAUUCUACGCGGUGGACAAGAACGGUGGUGUUGCUGUGUGCGAUGUACACCGUGAGAACUCGCCGAGCGUUUCGAUUAUCGAAAGAUUCGAAACCCCGAGAAUAUUCGGGGGCGAUAUGCAAUACUUGGUGAAAUCUGGGGACGAUUUGUUGUUGGUUACACGGUACUUGGAUCUUGGAUACGAAGACGGUGACCCUUACAACAGUCCCACUGUGUUCUACAAAACGGUGCAGUUUGAGGUUUUUAGAAUGGAUUUUAGCGGAGGACCGCCGAUGUGGGAGAGGGUUUGGGACUUAGGUGAUCGAAUGUUGUUCGUUGGAGAGAAUUCAUCGUUGUCGUUGUCGGCUUCGGAUUUCCGGGGAUGUUUAGGGAAUUGUAUCUAUUACACGGAUGAUUACUGUGAAUCGAAUUAUGAUGGUGCUUUUCGAGAUUAUGAUAUAGGGAUCUUUAAAUUAUGGGAUGGAAGUAUUGAAGCUUUACCAUGUUAUCACCCAAAUUCACAUUCUCAGUUACAUUGGCCUCCUCUUUGGGUUUCACCCAAUCCAUGCUAAAUAUUGGAGCCUGAAGCCUUGGGUUGAUGUAAAUUAUUCACUUCUGGGGGUCCUAAUCCUUUAGUCCUUUCUUUCUUUUAUAUGUACAUAUAUGUUGCUUGUAAAAUUGCUUUGAAUUCAAUUGAUUAUUUUAGCAUGCUUUUAGUAAUUACAUUUACCUGAA